CCCCUUGCCAUCCCCCGCUCCCAUCCCCUCGUCGUCCUCCUCUUCCACAAUCCACAUUCCACACCGAGAAAAGAACAAGCAGCCGCCACCGGAGCUCACAAUCAGAAUCAUCCGCCGCCGUACCAAGAGUCCAUCCACCUUCUACAAUCUACACACAUGGCGUCGCACCAGCAGCAGCAGGCGGGAGCGGCAGCAGCGGCGGCGUCCGUGGACUUCGAGGACUACCUGCCGGUGAUGGCGGAGCGUCUAGGCGAGGACGGGCUGAUGCGGGAGCUGGCGAGCGGGUUCCGCCUGCUCAUGGACCCGGCGCGGGGGCUCAUCACGUUCGACAGCCUCCGCCGCAACGCGCCGCUGCUGGGGCUGGGCGGCAUGUCCGACGCCGACCUCCGCGGGAUGCUCGCCGAGGGCGACUUCGACGGCGACGGCGCGCUCAGCGAGAUGGAGUUCUGCGUCCUCAUGGUCCGCCUCAGCCCCGAGCUCAUGGACGAGCCUCGCAGGUGGCUCGACGACGCCGUCGACCAGGCGUCCCGCUUCCUCUUCACCAGCUGAUCGAUCGAGUCGUUCGUCGAGUCGAGAUGGAUAGGAAAUUAAUUAUUUGUCGACGUCGUCGUCGUCGUCUUCGCUUCUCUCUUUUUUUUUUUUUUUGAAUUCUUCUUCUUCUUCCUGUUGCCGUUGUUCAUAGAUGGAUCGUCAGGCAGGGAUGCGCUGCUGAUUGGUCGAUGGAUUUCCCAUCCAUGUGUACUCAUCUGCUGUUCCUUCCUUCCCAUUUCACAAUGGAGUCUGAAAAACUCUGAAUUAAUUAACAUGCUGCCGCUUCUGACCAUCACA